AUGCGUUGCUGCUUGUGCGGAACUGAAAGUAUGUUUGAGACUUCUAUGUGCUUUGAAUGCACAGUCAGAGAGUUGCCAAAAUUAAAUGUGGAUACGUCCCGGGAGGUGGACAGGUGCAGUACGUGCAUGCGGUACAGUGUACCCCCUUCUGGCUGGACUACAUUGCGCUUUGAAGGCCCAGAGAUGCUUGCGUAUUUACUGAAAAAAAUCCCGGAGUUAGCGAAAUUGAAGCUAGUAGAUGCGUACUUUAUACACUCUGAGGAGCACUCUAAGAGAGUCAGAAUGAAGGUGAGUAUUGAUAGGACAUCUGAGAUGGACAUAUUUGGAUUGGAGCAUGCAGAAGAACUAGAUAUCACUUGGGUGAUUAAAGGGAAGCACUGUCUAGACUGCGCCAGAGCAGCAUCAAAUCAGACGUGGAACUGUGUUGUGCAGUUGAGGCAGAAGUGCCAGUCAAAGCAGACUCUGCUUCUUCUGGAGCAGGCUAUCCUGAAGGCAGGCCUGCACGAGGAGACAACUGACAUAAAAGGAGAACAAGAUGGAAUUGACUUCUUCUACAUCUCCAGGACGGCUUCUUUAAAACUAGUCAGAUUCAUUGAGGAAUAUGCCCCUGCGAAAGUGAAAAUAUCUGAGCAGUUGGUGAAGUUGGAUAAAAAGUCAAAUAACAGCAGAUACAAGUUCGCAUACUCGGUGGAAAUACCUGCAUUAAAUGUGAAUGACUUAGUCUACCUCCCGGAUACUCUUGGGAAAAAACUCUCUCUAACGGACAUGUGCGUGGUACUUAGGAUUUCAAAGUCAAUCCUACUGGCAGACAGUAAGGGACAAGUGAAAGAUCUAGGGAGAAUUGAGUACUUUAAGUAUGCUAGGGCCAUGCGAGUACUUGGGUCAUCAAAGGCACAGAGAUCAUUUGAAGUGAUUGAGGUGGAUGGAAAGGGCAUUCCCAGCAAGAUGGAUGAAAAUGCGAAGGAUGCAGCCCCUGGGAUGCAGCUGAAUUUUGGAAGGAACAGAAUAUACGAUGUGGUACUUUUAAAGAAUGAUGGGGAAAUGGUAAAUGCAAAGACACUGGUUAAAGGGCUUGGGGCAGGAGACAGAGUCAUAGGAUACGAUCUCAUGAAUUUAAACACAAAUUUAGAGAUUGAUGCAUCGAUCUUCCUUUUGAAGAAAGAGUCUGAGGUCAGCAGCAAGUGGAAGAUAAAGAGACUUGGGGGCGGGUACCAAACAGAAGACGCAUCUGCCAUGAUAAUUGAUGCUGUGAGAAAUGACCCAUCCCUUCUUAAGACAGUGAAUAUAUACGAUGAGAAUGACCAGAUUAUCAAAGGAAUAGGCUCACUCGUGCUAUAA